AUGUAUAACACCCCAAGCGUGGACCACUUUGCCCUCACGAUCCUCUUAUGGCCCGAACACACUGACAACCCAAGAUACCCUAACAUGUCAGACAAUGAAAUUUACAAAGAAAGUGUAGCACCCCCCACAGACUUCGAGGAUGUGGCCAACCGCCAUGACGAGGAGUACCAGGGGGUCCUACCAUACAGCUUUGACUGAUUGACGGAGGGAGGGGAGACUUACACCAACGUGUCUGACUAUGAAUCACGCGUACCCAAAAGUUGCUUCUCCCUCCACGCCAAAGCCCUCGAGACCUACCGCGACCGUAAAGAUGACUACCGUAUACGUGUCAUCCGCGUAGACACAAGAGAGGCCCACGUCUUCAUCGACCUCCCCACCAAGAAGAACCCUCAAGGCCAAGCUCUAGUGUUUGUAUACUUCCCUAUGGGGUAUCGCUGAGUGCCAUAUACCCAGUUCAAGCAGCCGGCGGUAGAGUGUGACGAGUACAGACGCCAGUCUCUCGUAGGACCAAACUACCUCGAGAUCCGCAAUGGAAAGCUAGCUUACACUAGCCGAAGCUGACGGCUCAAACCACUCGUCUCUAAGUCCCAUGGGUCUAGCCCUCGGUUAAAGAAGACCGAAUGAAGUAAGCCGGGCCGAGUUGGUGCCCUCUUCAUCGAUACGAUGCUGCUAGGGAAGCCACGGUACGCCCCUCGGCACUCUCAUACAGCCAUCACCGGUGUAUGCAUCGUCCUCUCCCAGGACACCCACAUGGGAAAGAAGGAGAGUACAAGACCCCCAGUAGAGAGCAUACCUAUGGUAGGUCCACGUCCUAACCUAGAGAGCACGGGACCGAUUUACACCGACCGUCGCCGUAAGCCUACCGGUCGUCCUCUACUCCUGAACGGGCUCUUCGAUACCUUACGUAAUGAGUACCCUUGAACUUGAGUAAGCUCCGUCUAUACGGUGUACAAGAACCUCGGCUGCUUGCAUGCGGCGGCGGAUAAGCUCUACCCCGAGCUGGACAGGAUCCAGGCGUUGGAGAACUUCACAAGGGAGGAGAAGCGAGGUAAGGAAGAGCAUGCUAAACGAACCAUAGAGAGUGAGGUACGAGACAUCUCCGCCUCUAUCCUCUACGACAUACUAGAUCAACUACGCCACGCGGGAGUGACAGAGCAGGUGACACUCUUCUGCCCCAACCUCACCGAGGUUGCCCCAUACCUCCUGAUAGCUCUCAACAGACUACAGACCGACAACUUCGAGCAGAUCUUUGAGGACAUACGUGAGCUCAUAGGUCAGGUCUCCGUCCAGAAGUUAGAAGAUGAGUACCUAGCCGUUGAGCUUUGAACUAAGGAGAGACGAAUCACCAUCAAGAGCUUCAGCUACCUCACACAAACUGAGUACUACACAUACCUUAGUGAUUGCCCGGAAGUGUAUACCAACCCAUGAUCUUGCCCAGUACCUAAGCCCUCUGACAGCGAGCUUGAGUCUCCUGGUGAGAGAGACCUCCGCUUCCGAUGCUUCCCCCACCCUCUCUCCGACCUCAAGUUGAAGAGCUACACCUCCCCCUCUCCCCAAGAUGACGCGAUCCUCAAGUACCACACCUUCCUGACGAGAGAGUCCUCCUCCCUAUACAUGGUCAUGCAGCACCUUAACCAUCACACUGUAGAAGAGACUGGACUCAUCCUUUGGAACUACUACAGUGCUGCAGGGUUAGGCUUUGCGGACCUCCACAAACACAGUCACCUAGGUUACCUCGGUAAGAUAGCUGAGGAUAGCCCUGACCUCUAUGAGUGGGUAGCUGAGGGCCUCUAUGGAGGCUUGAACAUUCUCUUACGCUCUUAUAGCGGCCCUGAAGCCCCUAUCUACGUAUAUGACAGGAGAAGUGCGUACCCUUCCAUAGCGUCCUCUUGCAUCAUGCCGGGUAGAAGGGUGACAGAGCUGCAUCUGGAGAAAGGUCAGACUCUCCCACUCACAGACGAAAGUGUCAAGAAGCUAGCACUAGGGCUCUACACCGCCAAGGUCACUUGCACUCCCAACAAACCCCACCCUAUCGUGGGGGUCCUACCCGUCCGGACGAACCACGGGACAUACUAUCCUAGCCCAUCGUGCGAGUCCGAGUCCAAGGAGCAGUCCUUCUCAGGUGUCUGAACCUCCAUGGAGCUCGCACUAGCCCAUCGAUGUGGUUACAAGAUCGAGAUCCUCGGAGGCAUACUCUUUUCUCCUCUUUCUCCUGAGAUGAAGAACCACCCCUUCCGUGACUACUACACUACGCUCUACGAAGCACGUAAGAAGGAGAGCAACUCCCUCCGUGCUAGCUUGCUAAAGCUACGUAUGAACGGUAUACUGGGCCGACUAAGCCUCAAGCUGUUCCAGCCCAAGUGACACUGAAUCACCAACCUCUUCGGUAAGGAAGCUAGAGUCCUCGGCUCACAGAAUGAGGAGUUCAAGAAGGAGCUCUCCGAGGUCAAAUCUGCCCUCAAGGAGUACUCCAAGUGGGACAGCGGUAGAGUCUACAUCCCGUCCACAUCCCUUAUCCGCCCUCUUGGGGACAAAGGAGGCUUCGUGCUAGUCCCUGAAGAUGAGGAUACACAGAGCCGGACCAAUGUAGCCAUACCUGCAUUCAUCAACGCCUAUGCUCGUGUCCAACUCCUGGAGCUCAUCAUCAGACUCGAGGAACAUGGAAUCAAAGUUUACUACGCUGACACGGACUCUGUCAUCACCUCAGCACCCCUGCCUGACGAGUGAAACCUCGUGUCGGACAAGAUGGGUGCCUUCAAGUUAGAACUUGAGGCUGAUCGUGACGCGGGGUUCAUGGGCCUGAAGAACUACGUCAUCCGAGUCGAUGAUACUCACGCCAAGAUAGUACACUCAGGAGUCUCAGGACGGCACCGUGAGCCUGAAGAUAGACUCACUCAGAUGGAGACAGAUAUGGUGAGCCGCCAGAUCGUACAAGCCAAGGACCUUGAGAGAGUGAAGAAGAUGUACAACAAGCGCACCUUCAUCUCCACUAAGACUGACGAACCCAACUCUUACCCUCCAACAUUGAAAGAGAUGAAGGAAGCUGAUGUCAAGCUGAUCAAACCUCACGAGAAGAAACGGUUAGCACGCAUAGCCGAUAGCCAAGAACAUAACCUAACGACGUACUAG